GUGUGGGAUACUGUCGUAUAUGGACUUCACCGUCGGCUGGAAAGGACUCCAUUUAACAUUAAUAGAAAAUGCCACAACUUGUUGACUCUGACGAUACCACUCCAUUGCUGAGGGAUGAUGCAAGCAGUGAUGACUCUCAAGAUGAAGAUUACAAGAGUCGGUGGAGGUCUAUCAGAGUCAUGUACUUCACCAUGUUCCUCAGCAGUGUGGGUUUCACUAUUGUCAUCACAUCACUGUGGCCCUAUUUGCAAAAGAUUGAUGAUAGCGCCAAUGCUACCUUCCUGGGCUGGAUAGUGGCAGCCUACAGCCUCGGUCAGAUGGUGGCCUCACCUAUUUUUGGCCUGUGGUCCAAUUAUCGGCCACGCAGGGAGCCACUGGUGUGCUCCAUUUUCAUCAACUUGUCAGCCAACAUCUACUAUGCCUAUGCAUACCUGCCCAAGACCAAUAACAAGGUCCACAUGCUCAUGUCCAGAGCCUUCGUGGGCUUCGGAGCAGGUAAUGUUGCUGUGGUGCGGUCAUACGUAGCUGGAGCUACCUCACUGAAAGAGAGGACUAAUGCCAUGGCAAAUAUGAGUGCAUGUCAAGCCCUGGGGUUUAUCCUAGGACCAGCUCUGCAGGCUGGCCUGUCAUUUGUCGGUGAGCAUGGUUUCACAGUAAAGAUCAUCGACCUGCAGCUCAACAUGUACACUGCCCCGGCUUUACUGGCUACGUUCUUUGGCCUCAUAAACAUCCUGCUGGUAGUUCUUGUGCUGAGAGAGCACCGUGUUGACGACCAUGGAAGACAAAUUCGAGCCAUCAACUACACAUCAGAAGACAGAGUUGACAUUAACGAAGAAACCGAAGAAACCAUCGACCAAGUAGCAGUCCUGACUUCUAACGCCCUAUUCUUCAUCAUCAUGUUCAUCUUUGCUGUCUUUGAGACAAUAGCCACCCCUUUGUCCAUGGACAUGUUCUCCUGGACAAGGAAGGAAGCUGUGUUGUACAAUGGCAUCAUCAUUUGCGGCAUUGGAUUUGAAUCCAUCCUGGUGUUUCUGAUUGUAAAAAUGGCCUCUCAAAGGUUCGGGGAUCGUCCUGUGUUGCUCGUAGGCUUGGCCAUCAUAUUCUGUGGCUUCUUUAUUCUGCUUCCCUGGGGAAACCAGUACCCCAAAAUCCAAUGGGCAGACCUUAAAAACACCUCAAUGGUCAGUCAAAUGUCUGAAGUCACGAUAGCCUCCAACAGCUCUUUGGAGCCAACAGGCUGUCCGUUUGAACAGACCUGGUGUCAGUAUACUCCCGCCAUCAACCUGGCCCAGUACAUCACCUCUGACGUCCUCAUUGGGGUGGGAUACCCAGCAUGCAACGUGAUGUCCUACACGCUAUAUUCCAAAAUCCUUGGACCCAAGCCUCAGGGUGUGUACAUGGGAUGGCUGACAGCCUCGGGCAGCGGGGCGCGGACAUUGGGCCCAGUGUUUGUCUCGCAGGUGUACACCCUCGUUGGACCUCGUUGGGCUUUCAGCCUCAUCUGUGGCAUGGUUUUAGGGGCCAUCGUCCUCCUCAUCUCUGUUUACCACAGAUUCAUCGCCUUUUCUGUACGUCACGGAAGGACUGCAGAUUGAAAAGUGAAGCUCUCCCGCUGUAGGGACUGAUGCCGGCUCUCCCAGCUUCUAUUUCCAAGAGUCUUUUAGCCAACAUCUGGCUACCAUGAAGACUUUUUGUUGCUGUUACUUAAGAAUGUGGUAACUGACAAACAAUGUCUGACAGUUUGUGUCUCAGGGUUGACCUUUGAACUCUCAUGCGAAGAGAUGAGGCCAGGUUAUUUUCCAUGACUUGACCAAAGAUGGCUGCUUCGCGAGUUAAAAGGGAGCUACUGCUUGCACUGACGCGACACUCUCACUCACUUAAAUGUGAAAGAAGCCAUGUGAUGCAUAUCCAUUGUAUUGUAUAAUGUGGAUUAAUAAUAUCUAUACCAGAUAAAAGUUUUUAAUUAAAUACUUACUAAACUUUUGUUACUGAAAGAUUGUAACUUAUCGCACAAGUUUUCAUUUUUUUCAAUGUUGGUUUUAAAGAUAAAUUACAUACACAGACUGCUUUGUCAUGCUAUUUUUUGGAAUUCACAGGCACAUGGACUCUGGGAGUAACCAUGACUUAAUUAAUGCUACUUGAAAAUAUAUGCUAUCAAAUUGUUUGAUAUUUUGUUUUUACAGGAAGAAAAUGUGCUGACCACUGAAUAAUGUUUGAUUAAUUAAAUACAGCAUUCCCUUAUACUGUAUUGAACACCUUUGCAUUUACUAUUCUACUGUUUAAAAUUAUUUUGGUUUUAAUGACCAUUGAUUGUCAUUCAAGAAACUCUGGAGACAUGAGCCAACUUUAUAGAUGCUAUAAAGGAAACAUUUGCACAUUCAACUAUUUUCCUGUCAGUUAAUGGUUGUACUUUUUUAAAACUACAGAUUUUGUUUACCUGAAAUAUUUCAAUAAGUGAUGUGUGAGUGUGCCUGUUCGUGCUACUGAUUAACUGAGUGAUGCAUUAAAGAAUUAACAUGA